CUCCUCAUCGCGCCCAUUAGCUGACAGUGCAUCACACAGUCGAGAUAAUAGAGCAGUAGAAUGGCGUCAAACUUCCUCGCCGUGCCGAGCAAAACAGCGCACUCGGUCCCAAACUCCUCUCAGCAGCUCCUCCAGUACAUCUCACAGCACUUCCGCGACGCCCACCCGGAGGCAUUCAAGCAAGAUGUUCAGACCUUGGUCAACAUGCGCAGGGACUUUGUCGAGCCCAAGGCUGAGACGCACCCCGAGAUCGUCAAGGGCUUGAUGAGGUACAAUGCUCAGCUUGCGUUCAUUGUGACCAAGUUCCCUUCAGACAUGGGAAUCGCCUUCUCGUACAACCUUCCCUUCCCACCCCCGUACUCCAUCACGCCAGACACCCCCAUCUCCCUCCCGUCCAUCACGUUUGAGCGCGCGAGCGUCCUCUUCAACAUUGCAGCGGUGUAUGCCUCGCUCGCAACGCAGGAGCGCAGGGCCGAGAUCGAGGGUAUCAAGCGGGCAUUGGGGUACUUGAGCUCUUCUGCAGGCGUGCUCAACCACCUCAUCAUGACCAUCUUGCCGACCCUCAAGUCAGAGGUCUCUUCCCCUCAGGCAGCAGGAUAUGACAUGACCGAGUCGUUCUUGACCACCAUCCGCGAGUUUGUGCUCGCCGAGGCGCAGGAGUGUUUCUGGCAGCAGGCCAAGCUUCAGGGAUCAUACAAGAACACCAUCAUUGCCAAGCUGUCAAUGAAGGUGUCUGACUACUACAAGUCGUCGCUGGCGGCGUCGACCGGUAUGGACAUCCCUUCUCAGUCAUACUUCCCCGACUCUUGGAUCAAUCAUAUCGCUAUCAAGCAGCUCCACUUCGAGGCUGCAGCCCAGUUCCGCAUGAGUCAGGAGGACCUCGACAAGGGCCGGUAUGGUGACGAGAUUGCCCGCCUGCGCGUGGCAGAGGGCCUGGCGAAGAAGGGCCUCGCCAUCGGCCAGAGGGGUAUUGCCGAUUCCGUGCUCUCAGAGCUGAAGAAUCUCCAAGCAGCGGUCAAGUCUGGCCUCGAGCGUGCUGUUCGCGAGAAUGACCUCGUGUACAUGUCGCCGAUUCCUCCAGCUUCUCAGCUCGCGCCCAUUGCUGGCAUCUCCAUGGUCAAGAUCCAGACACCACCGGAGAUUGCCGAGCCUAUUUCAUGGCUUAUGGGUCCCAACUCUGGAAUGGUGCCUCUGUUCAGCGCCUUGGUUCCCUACGGCGUCCACCUCGCUCUCAGCAUCUACGACGACCGCAAGGAUACUCUUAUCCGCGAUCUGGAUAGCAAGCGCGAGGAGCUUGACGGCUUAGCAGCCAGCACAAUGCAGUCUCUCAACCUGCCCGGAUCUCUGCAGGCGUUGGAGAAGCCCGUCGGCUUGCCUCCAUCGCUACUUAAGAAGGCGGAGGAAGUCGAUGCUGCUGGUGGCGCCGACAAGAUUCGUGGCCUCCUUAUGGAAGUGAACCGACUCGCCAAGUCCAAUGCCAAGCUUCUCUCCGAAGCGAUGGACAUUCUCGACCAGGAGGCUCACGAGACUGAGCAGCUGAUCGAGCGCCAGCCGCAGCUUGCUGAGACUCGCCCCCCUUCCCACAUUGCCAACCAGCAACUGAUUGGCAUGGCUGGGCAGUACGACGCUACGAUCAAGCAGGCAGCCAGCAGUGACGCCACUGUGCGCGGCAAGUGGGAGGAGUGGCGCAACAUGAUCGAGAUCUUGUCUGGAGGCGAGGACAUCAUUGCCGACCAUGUUCCGUCGACGACGUCCACUGGCGCCGGCUUCACUCCUCUACCAUCCUCAGUUCGCCCCUUGCGUGCAUCUGUCGAGGAGCUUGAUGACAGGAUAGCGAACCGUGCUGCUUUGGUCACAGAGGCUCGACACAUUGCCGAACAUGACGACGUCCGUGGCGACGUUCUGCAGGAAGCUUCGCGCCUGGCGUCGGGUGGCACUGGCGACGUCCGUCCAGAGGCUUUCGAGGGUAUCUUUGAGAAGGCCAUUUCCAAGUACGACAAGAUCCGUGACGACAUGGAUGCCGAGCCGGCUGCCCAGGACCAGCUGCUGGAGCAGAUCAGGACCCAGAACGACGCUUUCCUCGCUGAGCGCAAGACCGACCCCCGUGUCAAGGAGCGCGAACAGCGCCUCCAGGACAUGGACAUGGCGUACUGGAAGUGGCGCGAGAUUGUCGACAACAUUGACCAGGGCAUCAAGUUCUACACAUCUCUCGGGGACAUGCUGCACCAGUUCAAGGACCAGUGCUCCCAGUUCCUCAACUCCCGGCGCGUGGACAUUGGCCAACUCUCGUCGCAGUUCCAGAAUGUGACAUUUGCUGAGCCUCCGGCACCCUCUCCUCCGCUGGCGCAGCAGACGUACUCUCCCCCAGCGCAGCACUACUCGAACCCCACGUCGCCCUUCGCCGCUCCGCAGACGCUCCCGCACUCAUCGCCGUCGCCGCCCGCCGCUGCCCCAGCACCAUCUUUCUCUCUGCCUCACCCUAAUUCGUCGGCGUGGCAGGCGAGCGACGCCUUCCUCCCCCCUCCUCCGCCGCCUCCCAUUCUGCGCUCGGGCGGAGUGCAGACUCAGCCUCGCGUCGCGCCUGCACCUCCCGCCCCCGCAGUCGACAGCCCGCGACGCGUAACCCGCAGCGCGGCGAGGCAGGCUCCGAUCGGCGACCCGGACCGUAACCCAUACAAGAAGGGGUCGCGCGGCGGUGGUGAAGGCGUCAUCUAAUACUCUGCAUGCAUUUCCUUGUCAUUAA